AUGUGUAUCAACUCGUGCGCUGCCUUCGUUGGGCCUUACGCAGACUAUGAUAUGUGUCCGGAAUGUGGUCAGCAUCGUUUCGACCAGAUCAAAUUCACGAAGUCCAACGGUCGCAUCAAGAAUCCACGGGCUGUUUUUCAUACUAUUCCAAUAGGUCCUCAAUUA